AUGUCUCUUUUCGGAGUGCUUGGGAUAUCGUUCUGUUCCAUCGGCAUUCUAAACGGAAUGAGCAGCGCCCUUCAGACGGGGUUGUUCUCUGGAGGCCCGCUGGGUCUAUUUUGGGGAUGGAAUAUUUGCAGUUUCUUUAUGCUUCUGAUCGCGUUCAGCUUUGCAGAGAUUUGCAGUGCAUACCCAACGAUGGGAGGACUCUACUUCUGGGUUUGCAAGAUGAAACCAGACGUGCCCAUCCUUGGCUUCUUCACUGGCUGGCUUUAUUCCAUGGCCAUGGUAUUCACUGGUAUUUCCGCUAAUUUGAGUACCGCUCUAUACCUUUCGUCUAUGGCAGAGGUUGGGCAAGGAAGAAGUCUAACGAGAUUAGAAAUUGCUGCGAUCGCAUGGGCCGUAAACAUAUUUUCUGGCAUCGUCAAUACUAUUGGAACGAAGGCUAUAGGACAUAUGAGCACGUUAUUUGUUUGGUGGACGCUCGGAGGCACCGUGACUUUAGUCACCGCACUGCUUGUGAAAGCACCCGUGAUGAACUCUGCCGACUUUGUAUUUACAAAUGUUCAAAACUUCACCGGUUGGCAAUCCCAAGGCUUUGUCGUGCUUCUUGGGUUUCUUCAGGCUGUAUACACACUCGAGGGGUGCGAGACAGCAGCUCAAGUAGCGGAAGAAGCUGUACGAGCGGAGAUCCUGGCUCCGCUUGCUGUGGUUGGCAGCAUCGCAGGUUCUUGGUUGAUUGGCCUCGCAUACCUGCUUGCACUUCUUUUCGCAGUUCAGGAUAUCGCUUCCGUUCAGGCCACCACGUUUGCCAUCCCGAUUGCUCAACUCUUCUACGAUGCGGUCGGGCCUCGAUUGUCACAAAUGUGCCUGACUGUGAUAAUGGUUUCUCAAGUGAUGGCUGCAAUCACAACAUUUACUGCAAGUUCGAGGCUGUUCUAUGCGCUCGCAAGAGAUAAUGCAUUCCCGUUGAAAAAACAAUUCAUGACCUUGAACCGAUUCCAAGCACCAUACUGGGGUGUAUGGACUAGCGUCUUGAUAGGAUGCAUCAUAUCAUGCGCUUAUAUCGGGUCUGCGAUUGCAUUCGACGCCAUCUUAUCAUCAGCAGCCAUAGCGGUGAUGUUGAGCUACAUGCAACCCAUCAUUAUCCGCGUGUUCUGGCCUGACUCGUUCGUCAUUGACAAUGAUGUAUUCGAGCCACACUUGACUUGUUUCCACGAAUUUAGCAUUCAAGAAUUUGGACCUUUCCGCCUCGGAAAAUGGUCAUGGCCAAUGAACUUUGCCAGUUUUCUGUUCACUGUUUUUGUCUGUGUUUUAUUCAUUUUGCCUACGGCAUACCCGGUGGACGUCCUCAACAUGAACUACGCAAUUGUUGCUGUGGGCGGUCUUCUGGUCGUGAUCACGAUGAACUGGUUUUGGUGGGGAAGGCAUAGUUUUAAAGGCCUUGUUAGAACAGUCACGUGAGAGUCCUUGAAGGGCAGACAGAUAAGAAGGCAAAUACUUGUCUUCCUGGAUCAUUAGUUCCAUGAGUCAUCUGUACUUCGUCGCACUGUCCUAUCCGACCGUUUCUCAUACGUUAUUACUCCCGAAUACUAGGAACCUUGAGAACUUGUUUCGCCAAAGAAAGAAGGUGACCCCCCGGGAAAAC